AUGAGCAAAUCAGACUUUCUUAGCGGCGAUUUCGUUCCUACCAUUAGCGAUAGUGAAGACGAUAUUCCUAAUUUAGACGAUUCCGAUGAGGAAAGCAUCAAUACUUCUGUUGCUAGCAAAAAAAAGACCGAGAGUAGGGGCAAUAGCAAUAAGAGCAGUAAAAAAACUGCUACUGCCAAUGUGGAAAACGGGAAAGCUAAAGAUGAUUCUCUGAACCCUGACUUUACGUUCAAUGUUGACAGCAAUGACACCACUAUGCAGUUCCAAGGCUGGGAAUUUUUUGGAGAUAGUAAAGAAGGCGACUAUGUAAGAAAAGAAGUAGAUGUUGACGGUAUAAUAAGAAGGAAGGGUGGCUUGACCAAAAUGGCCCGUGUAGAGGGCGAGAGCGAAAGCGAAGAAGAUGAAGAUGCAGAAGAAGCAGAAGAAGAACAGGGUGAUGCUCAAAGUGAAGAUGAUGACGAAUUGGCUUUGAAUGGAUUUGGUAUGGGUGCAAAGAACCAGGAUGAAGAUGCUGAGUUGAGUGAAGAUAUAGAGGACUCCGAUGAUAACGUUGAAUCUGCCAGCCACGGACUGGAAAUUAUGGAAAGUGGUAAAAAAGAGCAAGAUCAAAGGGAGGACGAUGACGAAGAGGAUUCGCCGGAGGAAAUGGCCAAAUUCUACGCACCAGACGAUGAGAGCGAAGAGGCCAAAAGUCAAGUUCACACCAGUUUCAACACUUUAUCGCUGUCUCGUCCCGUUUUAAAGGGUAUCGCAGACUUGGGUUAUACUCGUCCUUCGCCAAUUCAAUGUGCAGCAAUUCCUAUUGCUCUACUGGGUAAGGAUAUUAUUGCUGGUGCUGUUACUGGAUCUGGUAAAACAGCUGCUUUCAUGAUUCCAAUCAUAGAGCGUUUGCUAUAUAAACCAGCAAAAAUUGCAUCAACGAGAGUUAUUGUUUUGGCACCCACACGUGAACUGGCUAUACAAGGUGCAGACGUGGGUAAAAAAUUAGGAAAGUAUGUUAAUGGACUAACCUUUGGUCUUGCUGUUGGUGGUCUGAAUCUCAGACAACAAGAACAGACCCUAAAGGCAAGGCCCGAUAUUGUUAUUGCUACACCUGGUAGAUUUAUAGACCAUAUCAGAAACUCAGCAAGCUUCAAUGUUGAUUCUGUGGAAAUUUUAGUUAUUGAUGAAGCCGACAGAAUGUUAGAGGAAGGAUUUCAGGAUGAACUGAACGAAAUAAUGACACUUUUACCCAGUAGAAGACAAACGAUGUUAUUUUCAGCAACAAUGAACUCCAAGAUUAAACAGCUUGUUUCUUUAUCGUUGAGAAGGCCUGUCAGAGUUAUGAUUGACCCUCCAAAGCAAGCUGCAUCAAAACUGGUUCAAGAAUUUGUUCGUAUUCGUAAAAGAGACCAUAUGAAACCCGCAGUGCUGUUUCAUUUGAUAAAGAAACUGGACGGGAAUGCGCAGAAAAGAAUGGUCGUCUUUGUCUCCAGAAAAGAAAUGGCACAUAGAUUGAGGGUUAUUCUUGGCUUGUUGGGUGUUGGGGUUGCAGAGUUACAUGGUUCUUUAAGCCAGGAACAACGUCUACAAUCCGUGAACAAAUUUAAAUCGUUGGAGAUCCCAGUUUUGAUCUGUACAGAUUUAGCUUCGAGAGGUCUAGAUAUACCUAAAAUCGAGGUUGUCAUCAACUAUGACAUGCCAAAGAAUUAUGAGGUUUAUUUGCAUAGAGUUGGUCGUACGGCGAGAGCUGGUAGGGAUGGUCGUUCAGUUUCACUCGUUGGAGAAUCAUCUCAGGAUAGAAGCGUUGUCAAAAGUGCGAUUAAAAGUGUUGAUGAGAAUGAGGGCGGUAGUACUGCAGUAGGGAGAAACAUUGACUGGGCCCAGGCGGAGCAAAUUAACAAGCUUAUCGAAAGAAAUGCACAAACAGUUGAGGAUAUUUUAGCGGAGGAAAGAGAUGAGAAGGAAAUCUUGCAAGCAGAGUCACAGCUACGAAAAGGAGAAAAUCUUUUGAAACAUAAGUCUGAAAUUGAAUCAAGACCUAAGAGAACAUGGUUUCGCAGCGAGGCAGACAAGAAAAACUUAAAAAUACUUGGCGCUUUAACUAAAAAUAAGAAAACUAUAAACAGCAAGAAACGUAAAAGGAAUGAAGCUAUUGAGGAUGCGCCACGGAUUUUCAAAAAGACGCAAAAGGGCCGCUCUGCCGAUCAAGAAAGAGCUUUCAAAAGGCAGAGUAGGAACACUGGUGCUAAAAAUAAGAAAAAGGGUAAAAAAUAA